AUGUGGAAUGCUUUAUCUAAAAAACGUAUCCUUGGUGGUAAAUCAGCAAAGAAGCAGUUUUUGGGGUUCAUGAUGAUGGAUUCUAGGGUUUGCUCGAUACAAUUCGAUCUCCAAGGAAUAAGAAACGACGAAGAAGACUUCGUUGGUCCAUGUAUAAAGCAAGUUAGUCUACUUGAGCAAGUCGAGAUAUCUAGAGCCUUUCACUGCGAUGGCUUAUUGCUAUGCGUCCUUAAGGACAGCUCGAGGCUCGUCUUAUGGAAUCCAUAUUUGGGGCAAAUCAGAUGGAUCCAACCGAGAAACAGUUUCCACAGGUUAGACAGGUAUCCUCUUGGUUAUGACGAGAACCGUAACCACAAGAUCUUGAGGGUUUUCGGUGAGUAUGAAAGCAGCAGAAGCCAAGUUUCUGGGUACGAAAUCUACGAUCUGAGCUCUGAUUCAUGGAAGGUUUUUGAUUUUGACGUCAGUCCCGACUGGGAUAUUCAGUCUCAUCAACGAGGCGUGUCUUUAAAGGGAAAUGCGUUUUUCUUGGCACAUGAGAAAACAAGAAAAGAGUUUGUGUCUCUGUCUUGUGUGAGAGAAGAGCAGCUCGCUGUGUUAUAUCAAAACUGGGAGGACUUGGAGAUUCAAGUGACGAAGAAGAUUGAUCCCUAUACGGUCUCGUGGAGCGAGUUCUUGAGACCCAUCUCUGGCUGUCAGAUUAACAACACAGCCGGGAGCUUCUUCAUUGAUGAGGAGAAGAAAGUCGCUGUGGUUUUCGAACUUGACAGACAUAAACAGACCGAGGACGCAUGUCGCUACCAAACAGCUUACAUCAUUGAACAAGAUGGAUACUUGAGAGCUGUGAAUAUCGGAGUAGCUCCGAAUCUCAGAACAAGUGACAAAUGUGGAUAUACUUCGGGAGUAUACUGUCGCCCACUUGUGUGCUCCUCUUCCUAUGCUCCAAGCUUAGUGCAGCUGCAAAUCAAGAAACCGAGCAAAAGCGAUGAAAGCAAUGAUUAA